AUGUCUCGAGUCCCCUAUGAGGUUCACCGGGCGAGAAAGAGAGCGUCAAGCCAUAUGAGAGCUGGGAGCGAGACGCCCACAGAGACCGAGUUCGACUUUGACGGCGCCUCCUCCCUCGCCUCGUACUCGACACACGUCACGUCGUCGUCCUAUCGCCAGUCUGGCCCCUCCUUGAGCUACCCACCGAGCUCAGGCGCUGACCUCCGUCGACGCGCCCUCUCACCCUCCGGCUCAGCCUCACCGCAAUUCUCACUCCACUCUCCACCAUUAUCCCAAAAUGGCCCCAUGUCGGCCGGAGCGCAUUCGCUCUUUCCACACCGCCAAUCCUCCUCUCGUCCCGGAAGUAGCUCGCGCGAGUACCAGCCAGCCUUCGCUGACUCAUUGGCCCCGGCGCCGGACGCUCGAAGGCGGAGCAGCCGGACUGGCGAGACGGACGAAGAGCGGCGAGUGAGACGCGAGAAGCGCCGGGCGGAACGGAGCGCAAGAGGGCCGGAGGGAGAGGACCGGAGGGCUGUUGCGCGGAGUAGCAAGCUCGCACACAAGAAGGAGAGGGAGGAGGAAGAGGAGAGGCGAUAUGGAUCGACGUUGAGGAAUUGGGUCAAGUGGAGUAUGUGGGGAGGGGCGGAGGGGGACCGGUGGAAAGGUCUGGGAUGGGGUCUGGGGGGUGUCCUGGUCUUGCGUCUAGCGGUCGUAUUGGUGAUCGGUCUUCGGGAGUAUGGCCCUAGUUCUCAUGGCGGGCAAGCAGAACUCAGCGGUAGAUGCUCAAUACUCAUGUACGAAGGGUCGAUACCGCCGUUACAUCGCCUCGCAGCAUUGAUGUACCAAUCCUCGCCCACCAAAACACAUGAUAGUAUGCAGCACAGCAGAGCCGACUUGGCGCAAAAUCAGGCUCUGAGUCUGCACUUGCCAGCACUACUUCUGGAGAUGGCCAUCUUGUGGACGGGCGUCAUCAUGUGGGUCAAACUAGAGGGAAGGUGGAAAGGCCGUAGUUGGCGAACCCAGUUGACUGGAAUUCUGACUUUCCUCCUCCAGCCCGCUCUAAUCUACACGGCCGCACAGACACCGUUGACGCCCUUAUUCCUUGGUCUGGCCAUCUGGGCUCUGAUCUUCUUGACGAGAUCUCAAGACAUCUUGGGGGUCACGGCUGUCGCACUUGCUCUCGGCCCGGCAAACUCUCCGGGGCCAGCAAGGUGGACUUUAUUGCCUGGCGUGGGUUCGUUUUUGCUUGGGAAGGGAGUCUGGCUUGGAGGAUCUAGAGGUAUGCGCCAUGUUGUUUCUGCUUUGCUCGUUUUCGCCACCUCUAGCAUGAUCGCUGGUCCAGCCACUUCAUCCGCUGCUCUCUUAUGGACCGGGAGGCCACUCGGACGGGACGUAAUCCGAGCCUUCCUCCAGUCCGGCCUACCUUGGCUGCCAGCUCACCUGGCAACGUCUGCAGAGCAUGUUCGCUCUCAUUGGGUGCGUUGUCUCUUGACCGCCGCCUGCCAGCUCCCUACGAUCAUCAUUGCCCUGUACACAGCCUUCUCCACGCGCAUACCGACUUCCGCGGCUCCGGCAGGCGAGCCACCUCUCACCAACCUCCUCCCGCUCAUUCUCGCCACAUCCGCCUUGCCCAUCUACCUGCUUUCCUCCCCUGCAACCUCGACCGCCGAAUCCGGCGAUGCACUGUUCCCGCUUUCACCUUUGACGCUGAUGAUGGGACUACGAGGGGAAGACGAGUCGUGGGACGUCGGGGUCUUGAUCAGUAACGUGGCGAUGUUCAGGAUGCGUCCUGGAUACGCUUCAGGGCUUGCUUCGGCCUCAACGACACUUGUGCUGCUUGGUACUCACAGGUGGAAUCGCUUCAUCGGGCAUUCGCCUGCUCGAUGGAGAGAUAGCAGCUGGGUGCGAAGAGCAGGCUAUGCCGUAUACGUCAUUUUCUUAACCGUCGUCGUACUCGAAUUGGCCCAACACACCACACUUCCUGCGCAAUAUCACAUCUUCUCGGUCCCCUCGGCCUGGUGGGCGAUACCCACCAAGGCAGGCGCAUACCUCUCGACUGGGAUCCUAUGGGUCACUUGGGUUUGGGCAGUGCGGAAGCUAGUGGAGAGCGCAUGGGCAAUGGGUGGUUUCUCCGGCUCAGAAACCGGGGGUAAGAGGAGCCCAGGAGGAGUAGAAAUACAGGUUAUAGAUGCUACAUGA